AUGUCUGGCAUGGCCGGCCCUGCCGCCGUCGACGACAUUAUCAGCCAGUUCGACCUGUCCUCGACCGCCCUGCAGACCAUCACAGACCAUUUCGUCUCGCAGCUGAAGCUUGGGCUGCUCGACUCUAAUUUGCCCUUUCAGCUUCCCGCCUUCGUCACUGCCAUCCCAGAUGGCACUGAGACGGGGCGUUUUCUCUCCGUCGAUCUCGGCGGCACCAACUGCCGCAUCUGCAUGGUCGAUCUCCACGGCCAUGGCUCCUUCUCCGUAGUGCAGGAGAAGCACACCGUGCCGCGCUACGUCAUGGUCAAUUCGCGAUACGAUCCGCUCUUCUCCUGGCUGGCAGCACAGAUCGGCACGUUUGCCCAGGCCCAGAAACUCUUUCCCCAAGCUGGCUCCGAUGCCGCUACGAAAGAUAGGAAGGUGCCGCUUGGGUUUACCUUCUCCUUCACGUGUGACCAGGUCUCACUCGCAUCCGGCACGCUGCUGCACUGGGACAAGGGCUGGGAUAUCCCAUCUGCCCUAGGACGCGACCCCUGCCAGUUGCUCCAGGAAGCUCUCGAUUCCGCAAACAUCCCUGUCCGUGUGACUGCACUGGCAAACGACAGCGUCGGCACUCUGUUAGCCCAAGCGUACACGUCAGGGGGCCAGCAAGCGACGACGGCCAAGACGUUGGCCGGCAUGAUUGUCGGCACCGGCACCAAUGCUGCGUAUGUCGAGCGUCUGCGCCACGUUAAAAGACACGGCGUAGAAGCCGAAAGGGCCAGCCUUGACGAUGUUAUGAUUAUCAAUACCGAGUGGGGAUGCCUGGACGACAGCUUGAUUGUACUCCCGCGAACACGCUUCGACGACGAGUUGGAUGCCCAUUCGACUGACCGAGGCAGCCAGAUGCUCGAAAAGCGGGUAUCAGGAAUGUACCUGGGCGAGCUGUUUCGACUGGCCGUGGAGGAGUUGUACCGGCUUAAUAACGUGUUCGAUUUCGUCGUUGCGGACAACUCGACAUUGCUCCGGAUGGCAGGCGUCGACUCCUCGCUUCUCUCGUUGCUAGCGGAUAGCUCUUUGGAUGACGAGGCAAAAACAAAGUUGGUUGCAACAACUCUCGCUCUCCAGGACACGUCGUCAAAAGAUCUUGCAAUUCUCCAGCGAAUUUCGGCCGCCAUCAUGACGCGAGCUGCCCGGCUAGUUGGGGCUGCACUGGCAGCCAUCGUCAUACAGUCUGGCCACCUCGGAGACGGGGUGCAUGUGGACGAAUCAUCGCCGUCUCCGUCUCCUAGCUUUCCAAAGACCGUUGCCGACGACAGCAAGUUCUACUUGGGCACUUUGGAGCCUCCAAAUUUGGGGCGAAACAAGGAGCGCAGAAACUCGGCUUCGCCAGCAGAAGCCGAAUCGUCCAUUGUACCACCACCUAAAUCGACUCAUAAUUUGCACCUGUCUGCCGUUCAAGGUGACGGACGGACACAGACACGCGAGGCGGAUACAAUUGAUAUCGGGGUUACUGGGUCCGUGAUAGAAUAUUACCCAACAUUCGAGGCUGAGAUGAGGGCCGCGCUGCAAGAGAUUUCCGGCAUUGGGCCUCAGGGUGAGAAGAGGAUUCGAGCGGGCGUCUGCAAGGAUGGCAGUGCUGUCGGCGCAGCACUGAUGGCACAGGCAGCCCUGUCGACAAAAGAUUAG